UCAGGCAAAACAUCAAACGUUUGCUGUUCACAGAUCAUUUCCCACUUCAGUGAAAGUUUAAGUACUCGAUUACCAACAUGAUUUAUGAGCUGUGUGUUCUGAUCUGCGUAGGGAUCCUCUCUGCGUCCGCUCUACCUGUCAACGACGCCUGGAAACACGUGGUCAGACAACGUCGUAACGCUGCCAACUGUCAACCACCUCAAGAUAUCAACCAACUCUUCCAAAGUCUCAACGCCAACACCGACACCUCCAUCUUUCUUCGUAACGCUCAGGGUGCCAGACCGGGGUCAUAUUUACACAGCGAGCUGAACACCGACCAGGUGUUCGACAGUUCCCACCUCGGAGGCAUCACCUGUCCAAGCAGCGUCAGUGACGACCCUCAGGACCCCCUGUGGAUGAGGUCCCUCUGUCCCUGGUACUACAACGUCACCGAUCUGCCCGCCGGUCACUACCCAAGUGCCAUCCCCCAGGCCGUGUGUAAGUGUGACAAAUGCGUUGACAAUAACCAAAACCAGUGCGAGAGAGUUUCCACUCAAAUCCGAGUUUUAGAAGAAACUGGCUGUGAAAAUGGUUUCUUUAUCUACAAGCCCAAAAUCAUCACCCAUUUCGUCGGGUGCACUUGUGCCAAACGCCGGACACCAACAGUAGGUUCGAACACCGCCCCAACAGCAUCAGACAGUGAAAGCAGUUGUGGGGAUUUUGGAUGUGCCCCCUAAACGAGAGACUCGUAGACGAUGUCGCCAAUUGAUGGUGUCAUUUUCCAAUGGACUAUUUCCAGUGAGGAAAUACCGUGUUAGUCAGUGUCUGACAACUAUCCCGUUUAGGUAGAAAGGUGUUGUACAAAAGCUGCAUUUCCGUCCAUGUAUGAAAUGCCUUAUUACUUCAUACAUCACCACGACAUUAAUUCAGUCCAUUUUCAUUUAUUUAUUUAUUCAUUUAUUUAUAAGUGUUUGUAUGUGCUUUAUUUUUUAUGAAUGUGUGUAUUUUGAAUAUUCACAAUUAUGUAUUUAUUGCCAUAUGCUUAUUGUGAUAUUUAUUGUUGACGACGCAUCAAAUGGAAAAUUGGACUAAUAUCUGUUAAUCACCACAUUAAUUCAGUCCACUGUUGUUGAUUUAUUAUUACAUAAUUAAAUCAUUUAUUAUACGAUUAUAUAUGUUGAAAUACUUAAUGAGAAUGUGUGGAUUUUGCAUGUUCACAGUCAUAAAUUUAUCGCCCCAUGCAUCGGGAAAUGUAUCGUUUUUACAACGCAUCAAGUUGAAAAUUAGACCUUCAUCUGUAUCAAUGUUGCUUAUUGCUCAAACCCAUGUCAUUUUCUUCAAGAUCAUCAUCAGACACUCAAUGUCAU